AUACUUUCCAUGAUUGAAAACUUACUCUUUUCGGAUUCUGGCGACGCCGGUAGUUUUCCCACAAUGGGUCUAUCUGAAAUCCUUGCCAACAGCCAUUCCUCCACCCCCGCCGAGCCCACACCCAUCCCCGUGGGGAAGUGAUGCGCCAAGCCUAGCCUUCACGCAUGUGCAAAGUCGUUGAGGGAAUUGGCCCUGACCCGGCCGAACCCAUAGACCCAAGAAUUAGCUGCAGGAGCGUCAUUCUUGACUCGAUACUGAUACCAAGGGAAUGGAUUUGUCUUGCAACGAAAAGUAUAGAUAGUCUCAAGCUUCCACAACUUUUGGUUGAUCUUGCUCCAUCGGCCAGAGACACAGACGUCUUCCAGGAAGUUGCCCCAUCUCGAGUCCUUUCCCAUCAAACUCCCUUUCUGAUUGAACUUUCGAGUCUUGCAAUUGUUCAAGAUGUCGAACGACUCAAGUUUUGAGAAACGUGGCGAGGACACUAAAGAUAGUGUUGAGCACCACGAGAUCGCUGAGAAGCUUGACCAGUCAAGUCACGAUCCUAUCGAUGGCCUCGAUACAAUUGAACUUACGAAGACUGGAUACUACUCGUGGCUUGUGUCUAUCACAGCCGGCCUCGGUGGUGUCCUUUUCGGUUACGACACUGGCAUCAUCGCUGCCGUGCUGAUUUAUAUCGGAGGCGACUUGAACACAAAUUUGACCGCACAGGACAAAGAGCUUAUUACAUCUAUCACUUCUGGUGGCGCAUUUAUAGGUGCCAUCUUCGCUGGUUUCACUGCAGACAGAUAUGGACGCAAGAUCGCAAUUUACGUAGGAUGUGCUCUUUUCAUCAUUGGUGCAAUCCUCCAAGCUGCUGCCUUCUCCUUGGCUCAAAUGGUCGUUGGACGACUAGUUGUCGGCUUCGGAGUUGGUUCUGCCGCCAUGAUUGUGCCUCUGUAUAUUGCCGAAGUCUCGCCAGCAAAAUACCGUGGUCGGAUGAUCGGGCUCGAUAACAUGUCCAUUACUGGAGGUCAACUUGUAUCAUAUGGCGUUGGUGCCGGUUUUGCUCAUGUUACUGGCGGAUGGCGCUACAUGGUUGGAGGCGGAGCGUUACCUGCUAUCCUUCUGUGGAUCCUGCUUCUUUUCUGCCCAGAGUCCCCAAGACAACUCAUUUUAUUUGGUAAACAUGAGGCGGCCAAGGACGUCAUCCGCCGCAUUUAUCCCAACGGCACUGAGGAGGAAGUCGAAAAUAAGGUCAGGCUCAUCUCCUGGCACGUUGACCAGGCCAAGCAGAUGCACGAAGGGAAAUCGCAAUGGUGGAUUCUCAAGCAGCUCUAUGUCAUCCCGGCCAACUUCAGAGCAUUAGUAUCGGCCUGUGGGCUGAUGGCAAUUUCUCAGUUGACUGGAUUUAAUUCACUCAUGUACUACUCGCCCACUAUCUUCGCCCAGAUUGGCUUCGCAAACCCGGUCGCUGUCGGCACGAUUAUCGCCGGUGUGAACUUCUUCUUCACUUUUGUCAACCUCCUCCUCGUUGACCGUGUCGGGCGACGACGUAUCCUACUAUGCACUGUUCAAUUUAUGGGCUUCUUCCUCAUUAUUGCGGCAGUAGCAUUUGCACAUAUUCCCACGACUCAUGAUCUAAAGAUUGUUGAAGGGGCCUCAAUCACGUGGCAAGCAAACCUGGUACUGGCAUCCAUGAUCUGCUUCGUCGGCUUUUACUCGUCUGGUAUCGGAAAUACUGCUUGGUUGAGCAGCGAGUUCUUCCCCAUGGAAGUUCGCUCUAUGGGUACGAUGAUGAUGACGAUGAGCUGCUGGGGUUCUAACAUUAUCGUGGCUUCUACUUUCUUGACUCAGAUGGAAAAUACCACACCCUCGGGCGCUUUUGGCUUCUAUGCGGCUAUUUGCAUUGUUGGCUACGUUUGCAUCUACUUCUGCUACCCCGAAGUGGCCGGAUUAUCACUGGAAGAUAUCCGACAGAUUUUCAGUGAAGGGUUUGGUGUGAAGAAGGCAAGCCAGAUCCAAAAAGAAAUGAAGGCCCAGCGAAUUUCUCACGCAUAAUACAUGCUAUAGACUAGUCUCGGACUAAAAGGUCACUAUCACAUUGGUGUGUUUGGAUAAGGAUAAAGAACGUGUGGCGGUAUGGAGUCUUUUUAGUGUUAGAACUUCUAUAACCCGGCCAAAUGCUGUAUCUUCAUGAAAGCU